ACUCAGAAUCGAUAGCGAGAGGUAAAGGGAUUGACAUACAAGGCUAAGUAAGGUAGCACUGAAUGCGAUAGAUCUGAGAUAUUGCUCACGAUGAUCUAGAUGCAACAAGAUUCGUACUCUAUAACAAAUUACGAGCUGAUCGAACCAAAUAUCGAGUGAAUUGCAGAUAUAUAUAUACACCAUGGAUGCAUUGAGGAAGCAAGCCAACAAGUUCCGUGAACAAGUUGCUAAGCAACAACAGGCGGUGAUAAAGCAGUUGAGUGGGACUGGUUAUGAAAGUUCUGAUGUUGUGGUUAUUGAUGAGGUUGAGAUGCAAACACAUCAGCACAUAGACAAACUUUAUAAAUCUACUCGUUCAGGACGUGAGUUUCAAAAGGAUGUAAUCAAAGCUGCAGAAGCUUUGACGGCUGUUGGCUAUAAGCAUAUCGAGGCAGGAACCAAAUUGUCUGAAGAUUGUUGCAGAUAUGGAAUUGAGAAUGUUGAUGACAAGAUUCUAGCUACGGCUGCUUCUCUAUAUGGUGAUGCUCGUAAGCAUGUGGAAAAGGAGCAAGAAGAUUUCAAUCAGCUCUUAUUUUCUCAGGUUUUGGAACCAUUGAGAGCAAUGGUUGCGGGUGCUCACUUGGAAGAUGCACGCCAUCUUGCUCAACGUUAUAGUCGAAUGAGGCAAGAAGCUGAGGCACAGGCUGUAGAGAUUUCUAGACGACAAGCUCGUGUAAGGGAAGCUCCAAUUCCCGAGAAUGAUGCAAAGUUGUAUGUUGCACAAGCUAAGAUGCAGGAAAUCAAGGCUAACAUGGCAGUGUUGGGUAAAGAAGCAGCAUCCGCAUUAGCAGCUAUAGAAUCCCAACAACAAAGAUUGACUUUUCAGAGAUUCCUUGCAAUGGUGGAAGGAGAGAAGACAUAUCAUGAGAGAAUUGCUACCAUUCUUGGCAAUAUCGAAGCUGAAAUGGUUUAUGAGAAACAAAGAAAAGAGUCGGCUCCUCCAGUGACUCCAUCUACUACUGUCGGUCCAGGAAACAAAAAGUACUUCUUGGCCGAGGCAAUGCAUCAGUUUGAGGCCACAUCCGAUAAGGAAAUCAGUUUGGACGUGGGCGACUAUGUUGUUGUUAGAAAGGUGAGUGCCUCGGGAUGGUCAGAAGGAGAGUGCAAAGGGAAAGCUGGAUGGUUUCCGACAGCAUAUGUGGAGAAGCGACAACGGCUUCCUACAACCACUGAUCAGGUUUACUAAACUUCUUUGGCUUGUGCUCUUUCUAAGAAUUUGUGUGAUUCAUAAUUUCAUAGACACUAAAUAAAAAUGAAGAGAAUUUUGCAACCUUCCCUUACAUAUGGAUAUUGACUUUUAUUAAUGUUAUAUAUUUUUUACAUCAA